UACAGAGUGAACUUCAUCGGAACAUACCAACACCAACUCAAGAUGUACGCCAAAAUCGCAACUCUUGCUCUUGUUUUCACUGUGUGUUCAGCCUACCCUGGCAUUAUAUCAUAUGGUGAAGAUCACGGUGCAGGGGGUGACUUGGGACACCAUGGUACUUCUUACGUAAGCGGUGGACUCAUCAGUCACGGUAGUGUUCCUGUUAGUGCAGGUCAUGGAGGUCACGGAGGUCACGGAGGACAUGGUCACGAAGAACACAUCGUUGACUAUUUCGCACCAGCCCACUAUUCCUUCAACUAUGGAGUAGCUGACCACAAGACAGGCGAUAACAAACAACAACACGAAGAACGCGAUGGAGAUGUUGUUAAAGGAGAAUACUCUCUGCAUGAACCCGAUGGUACCAUCCGUACCGUCAAAUACACCGCAGACAAACACAACGGUUUCAACGCCGUAGUUCUCAGACAAGGACACGCAAGUCAUCCACAAAUCAUCGCCCAUCAUGGACACCAUGAUUACUAUAUCCAAUUUUGGCAAUCGCUAGUCUUGAACCGCACUUCUACGACAAUACCCAGAGUCAUGCUUACCAAAGCCCUUUGCGUUGUUCUUCUUUUCGCCGUCUGCUCCGCAUUUCCGGGUGGAGUUUCGUACGUGAGCGGUGGAUUAGGCCAUGGAAUAGGACUAGGAUUAGGGGGCGGUUAUGGACACGGCUUAGGCCUAGGGGGUGGCUCAGGACAUGGUGGAAUAAGCGGAGGUACUUCCUAUGUUGGUGGAGGACUUAUAAGCCAUGGAGGAGUUGCUGUAAGUGGUGGUCACGGAGGAUAUGGUGGAUACGGUGACCAUGGAGGACAUGAUCAUCACGUUGACUACUUUGCCCCAGCCCACUACGCUUUUGACUACGGAGUAUCUGAUCACAAAACUGGUGACAACAAACAACAACAUGAAGUCCGAGAUGGAGACGUUGUCAAAGGAGAAUACUCUUUGCACGAACCCGACGGUACCAUCCGUACCGUCAAAUACACCGCUGAUAAACACAACGGUUUCAACGCUGUAGUACUUAGACAAGGUCAUGCAGUUCAUCCACAGGUCAUAGCCCAUCAUGGACAUCACGGUUACUAAGCUAAUGGACAGUUCGCCUAUUUCUCUAUCGCCAUAAUUCGCUAUGUCAUGCAUGAUUAUACUCGC